AUGCCGAGGACAGGAACGACCCAUCCGCCAGCGUCUUUUGAUACACCUAAGAAUGUCCGAAUCAUUGAUCGCAGCUUCUCUAUCACCUGUCGGAGUGAAAAGGGACCAUCGUUCUUCGUUGGCAACCUCGACGCCGUUGUCGAGAAGUUGGACGAGUGGAACACUCAGCUCCCGUUCGUCAAACCCUUUUACGGUUCGUCCAUCGAUGAUCCUCUUGUCCAUGAUUAUGGAUUAAAUCUGAUUGCUGAUAACCUCCUCAGCUGUUAA